AUGGGUACGCCUGAAGGGACCACGGCCGAGGGUCUUCCAUAUAAUCGAGGAAUAUGGAUGGCCAUCGCCGCUUUUACAGCGGUCGCUUGGUAUAACGUCGCUGAAUUGAAUAUUCAAGUCUUCUUGACAUUCAAAAGACAUCGAGGAUUAUACUUCUGGUCGCUUCUCAUAUCGAGCUACGGCUGUGUCCUGCAUGCUCUCGGCUUCCUGCUCAAAUUUUUCCCUUUAAACACAAACUAUUAUGUUUCGGUCACCAUCAUCACUAUCGGCUGGUAUGCCAUGGUCACUGGUCAAGCCGUUGUUCUAUAUUCACGCUUGCAUCUUGUCGUUCGGGAGCAAAGGGUUUUGACGGCAAUCUUGGCGAUGAUCAUAAUUGACGCAAUAUGCUUUCAUUUGCCAACAACGGUGCUCACGUACGGCUCGCAGGCAGACCAAAGGUUUUUACCAGCAUUCAAUGUGUACGAAAAGUUGCAGAUGACAGCCUUCUGCAUUCAGGAGUUCAUUAUAUCUGGCGUUUACGUCUGGGCUACCAUCAGCUUAUUGAGACCAGUGUAUCAUGGUAGAACACGCAAAGUCAUGACAAAGCUGAUAUGGAUUAAUUUGAUAAUCAUUCUGAUGGAUGUUGGUCUUCUUGCAGUCGAAUACGCCAACCAAUACGCCAUCGAAGCAACUUUGAAAGCAAUGAUUUACAGUAUCAAACUAAAACUCGAAUUCGCUGUCCUGAAUCAACUGAUGACCCUCGCCAACUCAUCCGUCAAUCAUCAUCAAAAUCUACGGAUCGAGGACGGAAAUGAAAAGGGCGCUCUAGCUGGCCGCUCAAAGUCAACAGAAUACAUUAGCCACAGAUACAAGAAGCCGACUAGACGUCCUCCGCCUCUGAAACGAGAAAGGCCAACAGCUCCCGGGAUGUACAAGGCGUACUCGACCUCUCGAAUGCCUGAUCGAGCCUCUAGUUCAUUCACACCUCAGCAUCCAAAUCGCUUCCAGUGGGUGCCAGCCCUCGAUCGGAAUGCCGUUGUUGGCGAACGAGCCGUGUCCAAGCGUAGCGAGAACAGUAACGAAGGAAAACCAGUAGACGUCAAUGUCAUCACUAAUCCUGCUGCGUAUUAUAAACCUGGUCGCGACCGUUCACCAAACGGGCUGCCACAACAUGAUGGCCUGGGUGGUAUCCCUAACCACUCCCCCGUUCUCUCUCCAGCCCUGACCGGCACCACUCUGGAUGCCUCGCAACCUCAACAAUCGCGGGGUGGGAGACGAGCGCCUCCGCCACCCAGCCUGGAGCUGGAGAAACCUGUGUUCUCAAGCGGAAUCCUCCGCAGCCAAAGACCGAGCGUCAGUGAUUGGGCGCAUGGUCCUGACAGUGCCUCUAGCCCUAGUACGGAUGAGAUGCAGCUAUCGCCUUACGACGAUAGUGCAACUCCAGUUCGAACGCCUGGCAGCGUCCGAAACGCGAGGGAGCAGGCAGAUCGGCACAUGGCUGAGUUGGACUUUAUGACAAGCGCGUUACAAUAA